GCUGCGUGUGGUGUGGUCCGUGACGACCCCAGGCUCAGAGGAUGAAGGUGCCACUGAAACCUGCGCCUUUAUUGGAUGCAUAUUGUUGCUAGGGGCGUGGGGCCUGGUGUUAAAAAGACAACGAUAGCAGGACCGUGUGUCAUCGUUAGGAUUUAGCAUAUCAACAGAAGAAGUCUUUCUAUUUCUAGCAGGGUAGCCUAGUGUCAGAAUCGGCAACGGUUUAUAUUCACCGGGAGAAGCAUUGCCGCAGUGAGUGAAUAAUCGUAUCCACGCUUCAGGACCAAACCUCGGAUAUCAGCCAGAUGUACUUGUCUACACAAAGGUUGUGCCUAAGUUUCUGCGAUGCGGAUUUAGGUGACUGUACGGUAAAUAAUGAUGUUAGGAAUUCUGAAUUCUUUUGACAUUACUAGGUUUAUAUGAAUGCGAGUCGUGUUAGCAACUGAGAUUAUGUCUGGUCACAGCUGCGCACUUGAUAGUUUUAUGACGAGCUGUCUGAGGGAUUAAUGAGCGACGUAACCACCUCUGUCAACUACAAUUGUGAUAGUGGCAAAGCUAGGCCAUGCACGGGAAUGGAGGGAAGAGACGGCAUUUCUUUGGAUGUUUACAAAAAUGAAAUGUCAAGUAUAGGCCUGUCACUUGGACUAGAGGUUGGUAAAAUAUACCAAAAUGUCAUUUUAAGAUGCUGGCGCAACAGUACUGCGAGGUCAUAUUAGCUAGCUGUGUGGAAUUGUAGGCCAAUUGGAAGGAGAUGAACGUCGCCCGUCGUUUUUGUCGCUGAUGCUGCUUUGGAAUGAAAAACACAGCAGGUUAAUUGAUGUGAAUUUGCUGACAGGAUAGCCUGCAAAUGAAGCCAAACUGCGUCAGCGCAAACGGACAUAGCAGGUAUCCUCCAUUCUUCCGGCUCAGGACGAACCAUGAUAAAAGCAGUCAUUGAGUGUCAUAGAUAAGUAUUUAAAAAUUCACAUGAGAUGGAUUCAGGGCCAGGGUCCGGCUCGGAGCCGCCUCUAGGAUGCGCAUUCUCCUCUGUUCCCAACCUAGACUCUGACAUGAACUCGCGCUCUGUUUACGUGAACGGUGAUGAUUGCAAAGUCAACAUGGACCCUGGCGCAGCGCUACGAGUACAGGGGGCAAGUGAUCCCAGUGCGUAUCCCUUAUCGGAUUACCAUGGACUGGUCCGCCAGAGGUUCAUACGGAGGAGUUUGUGGUUCUCCGAAUCAGAGGAUCAAGCCUUUGAUGCGUCAGAAUGUGAUACCAGCAGUCCGAUCGUCAGCGUUCACUUACGCACCAUUGUGGAUAGGACUAGAGUUGCACGCGUUGGCUUUCAUGAAAGCUCGAGCACCGAAAGUCAGGUUGGACAGAGAGGCAGCGCUACAGAAAGUACCAGUGCGGAGGAUGAUAAAGACAAGGCUCCAGCGGAGCAGAAGACGGAAACUGCAUCCCCAGAACAGCUCAGAACCACUGGGAAAGCGGGAAGCGAUGAAAAUGAGGAGGAAGCCGAGAUGAAAGCCGUCUCUACAUCACCUGGCGGAAGGUUUCUCAAGUUUGACAUAGAGCUGGGACGGGGUUCCUUUAAAACUGUUUACAAGGGCCUAGACACAGAAACAUGGGUUGAAGUGGCGUGGUGUGAACUUCAGGAUCGCAAGCUGUCCAAAGCAGAGAGACAAAGAUUCAAAGAGGAAGCGGAGAUGCUCAAGGGACUGCAGCACCCCAACAUUGUGCGAUUCUAUGACUUUUGGGAGUGUCCUGUUAAAGGGAAAAAGUGCAUUGUCCUUGUGACAGAGCUCAUGACCUCAGGAACACUAAAGACCUAUCUGAAGCGGUUCAAGGUGAUGAAGCCCAAAGUGCUGAGGAGCUGGUGCAGGCAGAUCCUCAAGGGCCUCCACUUCCUCCACACAAGGGGCCCUCCCAUCAUCCACAGGGACCUCAAGUGUGACAACAUCUUCAUCACCGGGCCCACUGGCUCGGUGAAGAUCGGGGAUCUUGGUCUGGCCACGCUCAAGAGAGCUUCGUUUGCCAAGAGUGUCAUUGGUACUCCUGAGUUCAUGGCUCCUGAGAUGUAUGAGGAGCACUAUGAUGAGGCUGUGGAUGUGUAUGCCUUUGGGAUGUGCAUGCUAGAGAUGGCCACAUCCGAAUACCCGUACUCUGAGUGCCAGAAUGCUGCACAGAUCUACCGCAAAGUGACCAGUGGAGUGAAACCGGCCAGCUACAGCAAGGUUGCUGUCCCAGAAAUCAAGGAGAUCAUUGGCGAGUGUAUCCGCCACCACCGAGAGGAGAGGUACUCCAUCAAAGACCUCCUCAACCACGCCUUCUUUGCAGAGGAUACGGGUGUCAGAGUGGAGCUCGCGGAGGAGGAUGAUGGGAAAAAGUCAUCGAUUGCGCUGCGGCUGUGGGUUGAGGACCCCAAGAAGCUGAAGGGGAAAUACAAGGACAGUGGGGCGAUAGAGUUCACCUUUGACCUAGAAAAAGAAGUCCCCGAGGACGUUGCACAGGAAAUGGUGGAAUCGGGCUUCUUCCUGGACAGUGACGUGAAGGUGGUGGGGAAGUCCAUCCGCGACCGCGUGGCCCUGAUCAAGUGGAGACGUGAGCGGAUCAUCUCGGUGGCAGCCACUGCUGAGGAGGAGUCCGGGGAGAAGGGAGCGGAGGGAGCAGCCAGCCUGCUGCAGGUGCCUGGGGCCAGCCCGGCACAGACCGCCCCCUCGACAGCUCCCUCAGACACGGACGAGACCGUGUCAGAGCAGGACCCGGCCUCUGCCACCACAGCUACAUCUGACAGUGGUGUUGGGUCUGCAGUUAUCUCAGAUGUGUUGAGCCACCAGCACAGUAUCCCCUAUCAUUCUCUCCCGGAGCCCAUCGCCACUACCCAGAGGGCAUAUGGGGCCCCCAUGCAGCCAGGGACCUACCAGCAGCAGACUGCUCAACCACUACAAGGGAUCCAACAGCAGCACACCACACAGCUGCACCAGGGGGCCCAACAGGAGCCCAUGAUGCAGCUGCACCCAGGGGCCCAACAGCAGCAGACCACACAGCUGCAACAGGGGGCCCAACAACAACAACAACAACAACAGCCUACUGCACAGCUCAAUCAGGGGGUCUACCAGCAAGCCGCUGCACAACUGCACCAGGGGGCCUACCAGCAACCUUCUCUGCAGUUGCAUCAGGGGACCUAUCAGCAGUCUCCUCCACCGAGCGUCGCCUUGGCUUCCUCUGUUUCGGCCGCUCCGGUCCUGAGCAUGCCGCACGGCCAGCAGACUGUCCCCAGCUUCCUGCCUCCCUCUCAACCAGCACAACUAGUGCAGCUGAGCCAGCAGCCACCGCCGCAGCAGCUACCACAGGAGUUCCAUCUCUAUCUCCACCCUGCCGUUUUCCAGGCCCAGCCAUUUUCUACUGCUCCACCUCUAUCGCAGGCUGGCUCAGAUGGACACCCCUUUCCUGCACUGCUGCUCCAGACGUCCACCACCAUGCCGGGCACCAUCCAGUCCCUGCCCCCACAGCAGCCAGCCCACGCCACGCCCCUUCUCCAGCCCCUGCAGAUCACCACGCAGUUCCCUUCUGCAUACUCUGUGCUACCAGCAGGGGGCACACCAGCUGGAUGUGAAGCAAUGUCUUAUUCCCCCGCUCCCCUGUCGUCUGCUUACCCCACCAGUGUUGCCCCCGUGCCCUCUCCCUACUACUCCCCUGCCCCUGCUCACCCCUGCCUCCCCCUGGCGUCCACCCAGUCUGUGCCCUCUGGCCUGGGCACCCCCCAAACCCCCAGCUCCAUGCCCCAGCAAAUGUUGGCGCCCCCUAUUCCUCUCCUGGCCAUGGCGGUGUCACCCUCCAUGGCCACUACGCACCAGCAACCAGCUUACUCUCCCAUUCCCCAACCUGAAGCCCCGCCCAUCGUCUACCCCACCCAAUCUGCUCCCGUCCCUAGCUUAAAGCCUGCCUCCCUCCCUCAGCAAGAACAAAGUUUGGCUGAGACAGCAGUGCAGCUGCAGGAGUGCAGCAGCGUCUCGGCCCAGGAGGAGGCUCCUCUCCUGGCUCCCGUCCACGCUGGUGUCCCCACUUCCUUCGUCCAGUCUCUUCCGGUCAGAGCCGAUCAGGAGGCCGAUCCCUCUACUGCUGUAUCCCAGCGCUGCCACCCAGAGAGUCCUGCGCCCACGCCACUGAUUGCUGGUGCCCUGGCACCAGGUGCGCCCGAGGGUGCCAAUGUUAGCUCUGGGUCUGUGCCCGCCCCAGCGUUGGUCUCCACCCAGCAUCCAGCAGAGCUUCUUCAGGAGGAGCCGAUGCCAGAUAGACAGGCGGCCUUCCUCAGCUAUGCCUACGACAGUGUCAACUCGGACGCGGCGUCAGGCAAAGAGAUGAGCGACAGCUAUGAAGGCGCCACCAUUGGAGGCAAAGGAGAUGGGAAACCACGGAAACAUCACCGCAAGUCGGCUCGCACUCGCUCCCGCCAGGAGAAGACCAGCAAACCCAAACUGAACAUGCUUAAUGUUUGUGAUACCGGUGACAAGAUGGUGGAAUGUCAGCUGGAGACUCAUAACCAUAAAAUGGUGACCUUCAAGUUUGAUCUAGACGGGGAUGCUCCUGAGGAGAUAGCUACAUACAUGGUGGACAAUGGCUUUAUCCUGCCCAUUGAGAAGGAGGUGUUUAUUGACCAGUUGAAGGACAUUGUGGACAAGGCUGAGGACAUGCUGAGUGAGGACACGGAGGGGGAGCGGGUGUCCAGCAGGGGGAGCAGUCCUCAGCAGAGCCACAGCGGCAGCCUGACCGGAGGCGAGGGUCUGAGUGGUUCUUCUGGAGUACCCCAGCCGGUCUAUCAGCAGAAUGUUCUACACACCGGUAAGAGAUGGUUCAUCAUCUGUCCGGUGGAGGAGGUUCCCCUGGGCAGCCGAGACGCCCCAUCUGAUGGCACAGCGUCCACACACUCCUCACUCACUGGCACUGUGACUGUGAAGCCUGAUGGGAUGAGUGGCCAGCCAGCAGGGGGCAGUGUGGCCUCAUCCACAUUCUCUAAAGACUCUGAUGGCUCCACCUCGGCGCCACCCUCAGCAGGCAGUGAUGUGACCGGCGUGUGCAGCCCUCUCCCCCAUCCUCUGACCGACCCGCUGGCUUUCUCUCUCUCCUCCACCGCCCUGCCAGCCCAGCCUCCGCCCCUGCACUGCCCCCCUGAGGACGGCCUGAGCGGUGCGGCUAGCUCAGCCCAGACGCGCAUGGUGCUGGCCCACCCACCGGCCGGGACAGGGCUACGCAACUCCCUGUCUGUGGACGAGAGUCAGCUGAGUGGACGCCUGGCGUCGCUCUCCCCGAUCCACGCCGCGCAGCAGGUGGCAGAGAUGGCCUGCGCCAGCUCCCUGGUCGAGGAGGUGCCCUGCUGCCCCCUGGCCAUGCCCCUCUCUCUGGACGUGAGCAUGCCGCCGUCCCUGACCCACUCCGCCCCACCCACGGACCUGAGCUCCGGCCGAGAGGCCGUCCAGAUGCAGAUGGAGCGGGGGGGUGGUGGCGGUGGCGGUGGCGGCCACGCCUCGGUGGUGAUGCAGCAGCCCUUCGCCAGCGUCGGCGGUGCCAAAGCCCCGUCGCUGCCCCAGAGUCCGGCGCUGCCCCAGCCCUCAGCCACAGCAGAGUCGGACGGGGAGGGCGGGCGCGGCCGUGGGGGCUUCGUGGACAGCACCAUCAAAACGCUGGACGAGAAGCUGCGGAACCUGCUGUACCAGGAGUACGCGCCCAUGUACCCGUCGGGCAGCGCGGCCGAGACGCCCGGCUCGGGCACCGAGUAUGUGCAGUCUCCGCCGGGACCCGAGAGCGCCGUGGAGGGGUCGGGGACCAGCACGCCUGGACCUCUGGGCGACGGACGUCUCAGGGCUGGAGAACAGCUGCCUCAGAUUCCCGAGCGAAUGGACAGUUUGAGCAUUCACAGCGACUCAGGCGUAGGAGUUGCCAGAAGACCUGGGAUGCCCCACUCCACCUCUUGCUCUGGCUCCAGAAGCCGAUAUAAGAUGAUGGGCGUUCCGCCGGGCGCUCUGUGCGAGAGGAAGCAGCGUAGCUGGAGCAGCGGCGGCGGGGCCGGCGUGUCCGCUGGCGUGGAGGAGUCCCCUUGCUCGCCGUCCGGCGGCGUCCUGACCGUGGGCCGCUUCUCGGUGGUGAGUGCGGAGAACGGGGCCACGCGCCGCAAGCACGGCAGCCACUCGUCCACAUCCUCCCGCUACUCGGCGCCACCGGACUUUUGCCUGGAGGCGCCGCCGCCCGCCCUGAUCGCCAAGCGUGGCUCACUGCCCCGCGCCAUAACCGCCGUGCCCGUGGACAUGGCGAUGCACCCCCGCUUCAUGUCGUCCGACUCGGGGGCAGAGAGCAGCCCCGCCCGUCUGGCUCCGACCACGCCCAGUCGCCACGGCCGCUCCGAGCGGAGGGGAAGUGACCUCAUGAAGAGGGCAGUGGCCUUCCUGCGGCGCUCUGGUCGCAGCAGCAGCGUGCAGAGCUCUGAUUCGCCCAGCCGGGCAGCCAGCGGUGUGCCUUGCAGUCCCGUCCAUCAAUCCUCCUACUUCAGCAGUGACAACGACUCCGAAAUGGAGGACUCAGACAUCAAGAAGGAGCUACAGCGACUACGGGAGAAGCACAUGAAGGAGAUCUCAGAGCUGCAGGCGAACCAGCGCGGGGAGAUCGAGCUGUUGUACCGGCGCCUGGGCAAGCCGCUGCCGCCCACCCUGGGCCUCAGCUCCACACUGCCCCCUGGUGGCCGGCGCCGCCGCGCCAGCAAGCACAAGCUCAAGGCUGGCAAACUCCUCAGCCCUCUGGUGCAGCAGCUGCGAGGCGUGGCCAAAACCAGUGACCCCAGCAAAGCCACAGAGGUCACCAAGAGCAGUGAACAUGCCCCUAGUUUGAAUGGCUCUCCAGCGAGAGGUCCACUCCUGUAUGAUGGCAGAGGUCCGGCUGGGACCAUGCCAGACUCCGGCUCAGAACCGGUCCAAACCCAGCAGCCCUGCUCACUCAAAGGCUCCCUGUCCUCCGACAACAUCUACUCCAGCCUCCAGGGGGAAGCUCCGGCAAUGCCCGGCGGGCCAGGUCAAGGCUGGCCCACCUAUCCCCAAACACCUGAGAGGGUCACCUAUAAAGGCAGUAGCAAACCCCGCGCUAGAUUCCUCAGUGGGCCUGUUUCUCUGUCCAUCUGGUCAACCUUGAAGCGGCUGUGCCUCGGCAAAGAACGUGGUAGGUCCGGCGCGAGCUCAGCGGCCUCCUACCAGCCUCAGACGGCGGGCUCAACUCCUCCACCACACCAGCCUAUAGUGGGUCUCGCCCAGACCAACAACAGCAACAACACGGGUGCUGGCGUGCAGCAGCUGCACUGGCUGGUGGAGGACUGGGCCGGGGAGCUAACGCCCAUCGUGGCGACGAGCCCCUCGGACAGUCCCCAGCACCAGGCCACCCCAAGCACGAGCGCCGACUGGCAGGAGAGUCGCGCCAGAGCCCGGGCUCGGGUCAGAGCCAGGAGAGCACUGACCCUAGAGGUGACCUCUACCCCACCAGAGGGUGCUGUGGCUCAGCAGCUGCCGCUCUCCUGGCCCAUGAUUGACAGCUGUCCGUCAGGCACCGGUCUGGACCCUGCUACGUUGCUUAGCGGAGGCAACGUCAUGCCACCCGUAGCGCUUGGAGGACUGCCGACCUCACCCCUCUACCCAGCUCAGUGGGCGGAGCUGACCUCACCGACUGGCACACGGGUCUUCGUCUUCCCUGCCGCCUCACCGCCAUGGACCGCCCCCACAUCUCCUCAGCAGGCCCCCAAUCCUAGAACCAGUACUCUCUAGACUCGAACUAUAUUCAAACUCAAGCAGAGUGUUUUUGGUUUGUACAGUGUAGCCAGAAUAUCCCAACACCAUGCCUACAAGAGCUCUCUUGUAUAUUUCAUGAUUUGGAAUAGGUCCUAGAACCCAAAGUGUGUUAUUUAAUCUAUUUGAGAAUGUAAAUAUCGGAAUACAUGUAGACUUGAGCUCUUCCAUCAUUUUCUGUACAUAUGCUAUGGGCAUUAUCCAGGUGGCUGUAUAUAAUCGUUUUUGGUCGUUCAUUUGUUGGUUUGAAAGACACCAUGUGUGUACAUAAUUUAUCCUAGUUAAGACACAUUUGUACCUAGCUGAGUGUAUGUGUGUGUGCUUGAAGUCUACCACCCAGCCAAGUACUGUAGCUAUGUAUAUAGGUAUAUAUAUACGUACAAACUUCUGUACAUAGGACCACUUCUCCACACAUAUGUACACAAUGCAGUAUACAUGAUGACUGUAUGUAUGGGGGCCAUUGCUGUGUGUACAUUAAGAUGCUGUGCAUAGAUAUAUGGAUAUAUCUGGAUAUAUCGGUGUGUAUAGGACAGGUUUUAAGGAUGAGGGGGUGUAGAAUUUAACUGUUGCCACUCUAUACAUUACAAUGGUUAAGAAAGGAGGAGCACAGCUAUUAGAAACAUCACAUCACUGUGAACCCCUCCCCGUCCAGGUCACCUGUGCCAAUCGCUUCUGCCUGCAAGCCUUCGUCCUCCUGCACCCGGACCCUUUGCUGUUAACGUCACUGCUUUAAACUAGAACUUGAACCGGAACUUGAACGCCAGCUGUAUACUUGAGAUGAAAUGCUCCCCCUUGUGGGUGUGCCUUGAACUGCCUCUAAUCACUCUGGAAGGAUGCACACGAAGCACUUAAGUUUGUCGCAGCAUGAGUGGCCUUUCUGAGCAGGUUUGCAUAUGUGAUGAAUGUGUUUGGUGUAGAGUGCACCUAUUAAUUUUUUUUGUUUGUUUGUUUUGUUUUUGCUGUGGAAAUGCCAUUGACUGGAGUGAGAACAGUAGGUCUAUGCCAUUUGUGGGAGGAAGAUUGAACAUGAAUAGAUGGAUUAGGUUUUUAGUUUAACCUGAAGUAUAUCUGAAGUAUGUUGUUUGGACACAGUUUCCUUGAUGUACUUUUAAUCUAGUCACUGUUCAUAUUAAGAAUAUGUGGAGAGGCUUAGGCAAUAUGUGUGAUUAUCAGAAUUGAAAAGGAAGCUUUAUACAUUUUUAAGGUACCAGAUAUAACGGGAUAUGAAUCACAUUGAUAGCAGAAUUUUGCUGACAGCAUUUCUGGUAUAAAAAACACAUGGAACCAACAUGUAAAGACGGUCACGUUGAAAUGCAAAAAGAAGGCAACGGGUUCCUUAUUUACUGUAGGGGUUGGGUGAUAAUUCAGUGUGGGUUGUACAGCCAGAUGAAGAUUAACAGCACACAGAACUCUGCCGUGAAACACAGCCCAACCAUAUUUUCAACCAAGAAGAGCUCAGAAACCCUGGAUUUGGCAUUAUGCCCCUACACCAGGAAACCAACAUUGAAAAGCGGUAAGCUGUGAGUGGAUUAUAUAUAUUAUUUUUUUUCUGGGCCAGGUUGAUGAUCACCAUUGACAGCAUUCAAAGGUGUAGUAUAUAUGCAAUGAUCUCUGUAAAGGGAGUCCCUCGCUCACUUCAGAGACGUGAUGUAAGUUGAAAGGAAGGAGAAUUCAGCCUCGCAGCUUUUCUGAAGUUUCUUUCCAUCUGAUCCACCCUCCUCUGAGCACCAUAAGCAAGGAAUUCACAGCUCCAUCCCUGGACAUCUUUAUGUCACAUGUGCAAAUUUUAAGUGACCAACAAUUACAAAAUUAAUAAAAUUUGGCUUGAGCAUA